UUUUAAUGAUAAUUAUUGAUUCAUACUGAAAAACGACUUGUAUUUCUUUGAUUGUCUCUGAAAUUUGUAAUUUUGUUUUGUUAUGUCAUUGCUUCAGUUUCAACCCAUCAAUGGAAUAUCUCAGAUUUUUGUGAGGACUCAAUUCCCAUAUAAGAAAUGUGGCAGAAAAUCCUUCCUUUUGAGACCACAAGCUGUUCCCUCCAAAACCCAGAGAAUAAUGGAGAGUGUUUCUGUGGGUGAUGGUGAAGUUGGUGGUGAAGUUGGUGGUGCUGGUGGAGCAUACUCAUAUCAAGCUUUGAAAAGAUUAGACCAGCUAUGGUCGAACAUUUGCUCACCUCAAGAAGUUGUGCAAGAACCUCAACAAGUUGUCUCUACAAUACCUAGCUUGUUUACCUCGUCUGAUCUUGCUGACAAAUCAGAAAGUUCAUAUGACGUGAUAGUGUGUGGAGGGACUCUUGGAAUAUUCAUAGCCACAGCCUUGUGUGCUAGGGGUCUUCGAGUUGCCGUUGUCGAAAGGAAUGUGUUGAAAGGGAGAGAACAAGAAUGGAACAUAUCAAGAAAGGAGCUUUUGGAACUUGUAGAAGUUGGAGUCUUGGAAGAAGAUGACAUCGAAAGAGUCACAUCAGCAAAAUUUAAUCCUAAUAGAUGUGGAUUUGAAAGGAAAGGGGAUAUCUGGGUCAACGACAUUCUUAAUCUCGGUGUUUCACCUGUCAGGCUUAUAGAGAUUGUGAAGAAACGUUUUAUCGCCCUUGGUGGAGUCAUUUUAGAGGGUUUCAGUGUUUCCUCCAUAAAUGUAUAUGAGGAUGCUGCAGUUCUGAAACUUUCUGGAGACAAAAUCUUGUCAUCUCGUCUUAUAAUUGAUGCCAUGGGGAACUUUUCCCCUGUUGUAAAACAGAUAAGACGUGGUAGGAAGCCCGAUGGUGUUUGCCUUGUUGUUGGAACCUGCGCACGUGGCUUUGAAAAUAACUCCAUUAGUGAUGUGAUAUUCAGCAGUUCAACAGUAAAGAAAGUUGGAGAUUCAAAAGCACAAUAUUUUUGGGAGGCAUUUCCAGCAGGAUCGGGUCCUCUUGAUCGUACUACUUAUAUGUUCACUUAUGUAGAUCCUCAACCAGGAUCUCCAAAAUUGGAAGAAUUGUUGGAAGAAUACUGGAAUCUGAUGCCAGAAUAUCAGGGUGUUCAACUUGACAACCUAGAGAUACUGAGAGUUAUUUAUGGCAUCUUUCCCACAUACCGCGAGAGCCCGCUACCAGCUGCUUUUAGUAGAGUUUUGCAGUUUGGUGAUGCCAGCGGCAUACAAUCACCUGUAUCAUUUGGUGGUUUCGGGAGUUUGACCAGACAUCUUGGGAGACUGUCAGCUGGAAUACAUGAAGCAAUCAGUGGUGAUUAUCUUGACUCAUACAACUUGUCUCUGCUGAAUCCAUACAUGCCCAACUUGAGUGCUUCAUGGUUAUUCCAAAGAGCAAUGUCAGCGAAGAAACAGUCUGACGUUCCUGAAGAUUUUAUCAAUGAACUUCUUUAUGCCAAUUUUAGUUGUAUGCAGAGGCUUGGGGAUCCAGUGCUACGACCAUUUCUGCAGGAUGUCGUACAGUUUGGGCCACUUUCCAAGACACUAGGCCUGGUUAUGUUAACAAGUCCUCAAAUACUCCCAUCCAUAUUCAAACAGGUUGGUAUUCCUGUACUGCUUGAUUGGUCCAGACAUUUUCUAAUGCUUGGUUACUACACCUUUCUCGCGAGCUUUGCGGAUCCUAUUGUGAGGCCAUUUCUAAAUACACUACCAUCCGAGACGAGUUUCCAGUGGAAAAGACAUCUUGAGGCUUGGAAAUACGGAGCUGGUCUUGAUUACAAGCUAUAGGUCUCCGAAAUUUGAACUUUAUCCCUUGAGCUUAUGAGGUCAAACUAGUCAUGGACAAGAUUUACCCUUCAUUUCAUCUGUUCAUGUAAGGGGGAAAAACUAUACAGAUUCCAAUGUUUUUCAUUCACAAAAACAGAUUUUGAAACAUUGCUUAAAUGGAACCAUACUCAUUGUCACUUGUACCAACAUGUGUUGGUUCUGUUGCUUUGUCAUUUUUACCAUUUCCUAAAAAUUAUAUGUAACUUUAAAGUUUCUUUAAUCAAUCAUGUGAGAUUACUCUAAUCGCUCCUUAACUGUCUCAUCCCAGCCACCAAACCAACUUUAUACCUUUUGUACUUAAUGUAUAAUCAUCGUCCUUAUUUACAAUAAUACUCCAUAUAUACAUUUAAGAACAGUGGUUUGUAAUUUAAUAUGGUCUCACAAU